AUUUUUCUUGCAAGUUUAUAUACUUUUUCUUUUGAGAACUGAGAAGGAAAAUUCUGAAUUGGCCCUCAUACUUUUGCUGGUUUUAACUGUUUAGGCCUUGGAGCAGAGCAGAUAAAGCUAAGAUAUGCAUCAAGCUAUGUUGCAAUUAUUAAAAUGACCACUAUGACAUUGAAUCCCGAGAGAGAGAAGAAAAAAAAAAAAAAAAAAAAACCCAACCAUCAUUUCAGAACCAAAGAACGAAUUCCUUGCAUUCCCUAUGUCCAAAGUCUCACGAGAUUCCCCUCUUAUCUACUUUCCUUGUCAAAGGUAAAGGACUUUUUCCCGCCAAAACAAAGCUUUCUUUCCCCUUCUUUAGUUACCGUUCCUCUUUCACUCCCUCCAGUACUCCACGCUCCACAGUCCACAGAAGAAGAAGAAGAAGAAGAAGAAAAAAGAAAAAGUACAAUAAUGAAGGGGGCAUCCAAAAUAAUCAUGGGUGCAACAUUGGUAAUGGUGGUGAGCCUUGCCAUUGUAUUAGCUCUAAUCCUAUUGCUGCUAGCCGAGCUCUAUUGCUCUCUCUUACUCCGCAGGCGGCGUCAGCUCAAACACUCCACCUCCGGCUCUACUGUUACCAACACAGCAACUGCUGCCACUACCCCUACCAUUACUACUUCUUCCUUUCCUCCUCAAGAUAACCAAGAUAAAUCAACCAGUCGCCUUAGUAGCUUCUAUGCACAAGGAGUUCUUCAUGCACCAAGGAACUUCCUCUUCCCUGAAGCACUCCCUUACAAACAAAACCAGCUUGAAAAAGAUAAUCAUCAUCAAGUCUUUGAAGUCCGCACCCAAGAAUCAAACACAAGCCCUCAUCAAAUUGGUAUCUUCUCUCCUACAUCUCCAUUAACUUCCUUUGCAACCUCUCCUAACCCUGUUCAAGAAAUCUCAAUCCAAGUUGUAACUGGAACUACUACUACUACUACUUGUGAAGAGGCAGCUUGCGGUACUGCUCCUGGUCAUGGUGUGGAGAAUUUCGUUUACAUUUCGAAUCCUAUUUACGACAAUGAUGCUGGCAGGCCAGAUACUCCGUUCGAGACUCCGGAUACAUCACCUUCACGUUUAGAAAAUAGCGGUUCUUCAGGGGAUGAUGAGAAGACUCAGCCUUCUCAUGUUGGAGUACUCCACUCACCCCCAAUGACACCACCAUUGAGUCCAAUGAAGAAGCUCCCAGCUCAGGCUUGUUCUGUCUCUCUUAGAGAUGCUAGGUCUUUGGCCACUUCGGGUAGUGAUUCUAAUAGUAACAAUGGUCUUUCAUCAUCUUCAUCAGGUUCUCCAUGUACGUCUCCUUCAUGGUGAUUAAUUUGAGUUUCUGUCAAAGCUUGCCAGGCAGCAGUGAAACGUUUAUUUUAAUCUUUUUUUGUUCCUUUUUCUGUGAGCUUUGAGAGGUGGGUUUUUUUUUUAGUGAUGGAGAUGGUAGCUAGAUGUAGCAGAAAAAGAUAAACAUUAGACUUCUAAUGUUUUUAACGACUUUUCUUCGGCAGGCGUGGUAAUGGCUCGGCCACCUAAGCCACGCCCCAUUGCUAACUAAAAUUCCUACUUUCUCGUUGUGUUAGUACGUUGCAGAAAUGCUUUUUCGGAUUUUUUUGCUUGUGUUGUGGUGUUUUUGGAAAGUUGUAGACAGCAGAAAACGAAGCUUUAUGGUUUUGUUUGUUUGGGAUAUUGCAAUGAUGCAUGUGACAUUGCAAAAUCCAAACAGAGACAACAGUACAAGUGGACCAAAAGAAAUUAGAAAAUUAAUUUAAUUAAAAAGCAAAAAAUGAAAGAAAAAAAUAUAUAUAAAUCCCUCUGUUUUUGAGGGGCCUCCAAUGGUGAUUUCUAUGCAUUGAAGGCC